GCGGCAAUUCAAAGUUUGCGCUUCGUCCUUGGAGUCUUAGCUGUUGGGUUUUUUAGUUUAUCGAAUGUGUCGAAGGCCUUUCUCAUACCACAUAUUAGUGGCGUAGUCUGUGGCAUUUGGUAUCUUACAUUUGCCUUUUCAUUCUUUUGUGAACCCAAAGACGCAUGAUAUGGAAGGAUCAUAAAUGAUGAUUUCUACAGAUCAAGAACUCAAGGUUUCUCGUAUGACAAAAAGAUCUCAAAAUAAGAAGUUAUUCGGUCGUGAUAAUUACAAACUGCGCGAAUUUGUAUUGCAACCAUAUUGUAUCCGGUAUUUUGAAGUUAGUGGUGGAAGUCGUGGUAAAGAAAAAGGUCAGCUUUUACUGAGUCAUGUUAAGUUUAUUGAAAAAGUACAAGAUGAUGAGCUUGAUAAUAAAAAGAAUGCCUUUCAAGUUGCUUAUGCAGAGGAUGCAAUUUCCAGUACUUGGUACCUAUUGUACAUUGUUGCGAAUUCUGCUAUUGAAAGAGAUGAUUGGAUUAGUUUAGUCCGAUUUUAUACACGUGAACGUGGUGCUACUUUCCUACCACGCUAUCAUCCCGGUGUUUGGAAGCGUCCUGGUAGAUAUAGUUGCUGUGAUGAUAUUAACCGUCGUUCUAUGGGAUGUCAGCCAACUAACGAACCGGGUCCAUCGGUUGUCAUUGAACAACUUUGGCGUACAGCUGCAGGUGUUGACUCAAGUAAUUUUCAACCUCAAAUGACUCAGGUUGUGACUACAACCAGUCCUGUGCCCAACACACAAGCCUCAUUUCCUAUCUCCAAUCCUCAAUUGGUUACAGUUCAGCUUAAUUCAAAUAUACAACUCACAUCUAAUCCAUUGUCUGUCCCUGAUUUGAAUUCUACUAAUGUUGCUUCCACUGCAGCUUCGUUUAUUCCACUGACUUCUGCCGUUGGGUUACCUGUACUUCAUCAAACACCUGGUCUUUCAGCUCCUGUUACAGGAGUGUUAAUGCCUACUGCGGUAACCAGUUCAGUUGCGCCUUCAACCUUAUUUCAGAUACAACAACAGCAACAGCAGUUUCUCUUACAACAAAAACAACAGCAACAACAACUUGCCAUGCUUGCAAGUAGUAAUGUUGGCCAAUUUUCGCAUAUAAAUAAUGCAUUACGUCGGUCAGGAAUGAAUCAGAAUCGAGGACAUUCUUUGCGUUAUAUUCAACCAACUUUUGAUAUGGAUGAAGGAGAGAAUACAGUCAUUGCAGUACAUAAUUAUAAUCCUGUAAGAGAAAAUCAAUUACCUUUACAAAAAGGUGAAAAAUAUUAUGUCGUCAAUCAGAGUAAUGCUCAAUGGUGGUAUGUUAGAAAUAUGGCUGGUCAAUUAGGUUAUGUGCCUACAAAUUAUGUUCACAAACCAAAUAGUCUAAAUUCAUUUGACUGGUAUUACAAAGAUAUUACUAGACAACAAGCUGAAGCUAUUUUGUUAGAUGAGAAUCGUGAAGGCUGUUUCCUCGUACGUGAUUCAGUUAGCAAAAAGAAUACAUACACUUUGUCAGUUACAUCAAAAGAUCCUGAAGCACCGGGGAAGCUAAAGGUACAUCAUUAUCAUAUUCACAGGACAGAAUCAUCCAGUCUUAAUGGACAUGUAAACGGUAGUGGUGGGGGUGGUGGCAGUGGUGGAAAUACCGCAACAUCCACUGCUAGUACUAAUAUGAAUGGUGGUGGUGGUGGUUCAACUGGAACAGGUUUAAAUACACCCAAGAUUGGAUCAACAACAGCAACAGCAACAACCAAUGGUGAGGCACAAUAUUAUUUAUCUGAAAAGCAUGCAUUUCCAACAAUCAGUGAUGUAAUACAUUAUCAUAAACAUAAUUCCGGAGGAUUAGUAGUACGUCUUCGAUCACCACCAACUAAAGAUCGAGAAAGUCCUGUUACUGCUGGUAUGGGGUUAGAUGAAUUUGAACUUGAUCCAGCUGAAUUACAUUUAGAAAGAGAACCUAUUGGUAAAGGACAAUUCGGUGUUGUUAAACGUGGUAAAUUCCGUAACAUUCCUGUUGCUGUUAAACAAAUGGUUGAAGGUGCUAUGAAUGAAGAUGACUUUAUUGAAGAAGCUAAAAAUAUGAGAUUCCUGAAUCAUCCAAAUCUUGUACAGUUAUUUGGUGUUGUAUUGAAGAAGCGUCCAAUUAUGAUUAUUACUGAAUACAUGAAGCAUGGUUCUUUACGUGAUUUUAUGCGACAACGUCAACAACAGUUCUGUAAUCGUCCAGUUGUUAUGUCUGAUAUUUGUGCUCAAGUAGCCAAUGGUAUGGCGUAUCUGGAACAAGAACAAUUUGUCCAUAGAGAUUUAGCUGCAAGAAAUUGUCUAGUCAAGUCAAUUAGUCAAAAUUCUGUCCAUGUAAAAGUAGCUGAUUUUGGUAUGGCACGUUUCUUAUUGGAUAAUGUUUAUGAACCAAGCGCUGGAACAAAAUUCCCUGUUCGUUGGGCACCACCUGAAGUAUUUCAAUCCACUUAUACAGCUAAAGCUGAUGUAUGGAGUUUUGGUGUACUUAUGUGGGAGGUGUUCACAUGUUGUUCAGAAAAUCCUUAUCAAGGUAUGAAUAAUACACAAGUUUAUCAGUAUAUUGUUGGCGGUGGUCGAUUACAUAAACCAGCUGUAUGUCCUGAAAGAAUCUAUGUUCUAAUGCUUGAAUGUUGGCAACAUGAUUCCAGUAAAAGACCAGCAUUUGAGUAUAUUUGUCAGAAAAUUGGUGGAUAUUUGGAUCAAAAUUGUGAGAAUUGAUCAUUCUCAUCAUUGUAUGUGUUGUCGUAUUACAAAAAAAAAAGGAGAAAUAUAACAGAGGAGAGUUUCUUUCGCCUCAACUCCUCUAUGUGUUGUAUUAUUAAACUAUCUUGACGGCUUGACAACUGUGCAUUAUGACGAGAAACAUUCUUCUCCAUAUUAUGCAUAUAUACAUAUAUAUAUUUCUUGUGUGAUGAAUUAUAUCAGAAAGAAUUAGAGGGAUAAUUGAAAAUUGCCUUCCCUUGUAAUCCUACACAGGUGUGUAAUGCUUAUUAUAAAAAAGCUGUAAGAGGAGAGUGAACGACGGAAAAUUCAAAAGAAUUAUGCAUUUGAAUAGUUUAAUCCUUUAUACAUACACACACACACCUACCAUGACAACCUCAUAUUUAAUAUUUGAAGCAUUUUUGUUUGUUUGUUUGUGCGUGCGUGCGUGAGUCUAUCUAUGGUGUGUAUUUUAUUGUUAAAUAGUUCUUAUAAGUCUCUUUCUUUCUUUCUUCUCUUGUCUUUGCUGUGUCAAUUUCUCUCCGCCCGUUUGUUCACUUCCUUCAUCUUGAUGAUGAUGAAAGACGAGUCACUACCACCACCUGAGCAGUUAUCAUAUAUGUACCUCUCAUCCUCUUUUUUUUUUACUAAUAUUUUUUCAAACUGUUUUGUUUAUCUGGUCCGGUGGUUUCUCCUCUCCUUUACCUUCGUUUAAGGUGUUAAUAUAUGUAUUCUUUCUUUGUGUACUUACCUUUUUUGUCAAAAGGGAAAAAAUGAAAUUCUCUCACACUUGAAAUCGUCGACUAAAAACGUCGACUUGUAGUAUUCUUUAUUCUUGUUGUUGUUGCUACUGCUGCUGUCGUCUUAGUCUCUGCUUCAAGAUGACAGCUCUGUUCUGUGCUGGUUGACCGACGGUUAUGCGUUUGUCUGUUUCACUAUUUUUAUCACUCCAGUUAUUAUUAUCAUUACUACUAUUAUUAUUAUUAUUUUCUCAGUUUAACUCAUUCUAAAAUAUCCAUAUGCAUACAUAUAUGUUUACUUUGGAGAGUUUGUAUGUGUGCGUGUUUGUUUGUUUGUAUGUUUUACUCUUUUUGUAUAGUUGAUUGUGUAUGUUUGCGUCUAAGUGUUUUUGUAACAUGUUCAUUACGUAAACUACACCGCCUAUUGUAACUCUUUUUGCCUGUUUCAAUUAUUGCUUCUUAAAAUAUGAUAAAUAUUCAGCAAUGAAUAUACUGAAUAUAAAUGCAAAUCGUUAGACGUAUUUGUGCUUCGCACUCUUCGCUUCCUCUUCAACUGUCUUUUUUCUUUUAAUCAUAUAUACAUGCAUUCUUGUAUUUAUUGUGUACAGUGAUUUUUGAAUAUUUAUCCAUAUAUAUAUAAUUGUCAGAAAAUAUAGAACUAUUAUUAUAGUUGUUAUUAUUAUUAUUAUUACUAUUAUUAUCGUUACGAUUACUUCUAACAUUACCAUAACAAUUUGAGGCGUUGACUACAAAUUUUUGAUAAAUUUACUUCUCUCUCCCCUCCCUCCUUUGUCUCUCUCUCUCUUUCCGUGGUGUUUACACCUUCCCCUUCAUCGGUGGUAUACAGUUUGUUUUUCAUGUUACACUAUAUAUAUAUAUAUAUAUAUAUAUAUAUAUAUAUAUAUAUAUAUAUAUAAAUACAUAUGUAUUGAUGUGUCAGUCAAUCUUUUCUUAUCUCUCGUAUUAUUAUAUACUCUUAUGCACAUUUUGUUUAUACAC